AUGAAGAGUUCCAUCCUUGGUGCUGCUCUGGCCCUCGUGCCUUCAGCACUUGCUGGAUGGCCCGAGGCCGAGGGCAAGUCUAUCAAACUGACUGCGGUCCGGGGCUAUUUUCUUCAAGACGAGCCCACCACCGAGCCCAGCGGUUUCGACUAUGCCGCGACAAACUUCGGUUUGAUCGAGAGGUCAUACCCAACCGACAAGCGCCUCGAUCCCGAGGGCGUCAAGUCACUAUGGGAAAGGUUCGACAACUGGGUCAGAUACCUGAACAAGGGCUGCCGCAAGUCUGAGACGGUUCGGUACAAGGUGCUGUUCAUGGGCCGCCACGGUGAAGGUUGGCACAAUGCUGCCGAGCGCUUCUACGGCACACCCGCCUGGAACUGCUAUUGGGCGGAGCAACAAGGCAACGCCACUGCCCGCUGGGCCGACGCACACCUCACGCCGGCGGGCGAGGCGGAGGCGAUCAAGGCCAACGCGUACUACAAGGACCGCUACGCGACACAGAAGAUGCCCUUCUUCGAGUCCUACUACAGCAGCCCCCUGGCCCGCUGCACGGCCACGCUCAACCUGACGUUCGCCGGCAUCGACUUCCCCGAGGGCCGGCCCUUCCGCCCCGUCAUCAAGGAGGGCUUCCGCGAGGGCAUGACGGUGCACACGUGCAACUGGCGCUCCGACCGCGCCCAGAUCGCGGCGCAGUACCCGGACUGGGCCUUCGAGCCGGGCUUCGCCGAGGCCGACGAGCUCUGGAGCCCCGUCAACAGCGAGACGGACGCGGCCAAGGACGUGCGGGCCGCGCGCGUGCUCGACGACGUCUUCCGCGCCGACGACAAGACGUGGCUGGCCGUCUCGAGCCACUCGGGCCAGAUCACGAGCCUGCUCAAGGCGCUCGCCCACCGGCCCUUCCGCCUGGCCACGGGCCAGAUCAUCCCCGUCCUCGUCAGGGCCGAGGUCGUCGACCCCGUGCCCGACCCGACCUUUGACGCCCACGAGCCCUACUCGACCUGCGACGCCCCGCCCGUCGCCAGCAUCCCCGGUCAGGGCUGCGUGUGCGCGAGCACCACUGCCCCGGCUCUCCUUCCGGCUGCCACUGGUGCCGUUUUCUAA